AUGGCAUGUGAGCUGCCGCCGCCACCGUCGAAAUCCCCACCAGCUGCUCUGACCACCAUAUCCGCCCUCGGCGACGACCUCCUUAUGGAGAUAUUCCUCCGCCUCCCCUCCCUCCCGACCCUCGUCCGCGCCGCCCUCGCCUGCCCCGCCUUCCUCUGCGCCGUCCGUUCAUCCCCCGCCUUCCGCCGCCGCUUCCGCGACCUCCACUCGCCCCCACUCCUCGGCCUAUUCCUCGACUUCUUCGACUCCGACACCCCUGCCUUCCGCGCCGUCCGCCUGCGCUCCGACCCGGACCUCACCGCGGCCGUCCGUGGCGCCGAUUUCCUCCUCACCCGCCUUCCCGACGACGAAGGCUUCGCCCCCGAGUGGUCAAUCAAGGACUGCCACGACGGGUACGUUGUUCUCAUCAGCUAUAACAGAGCCGAUGGCUUGGCCGUCUACAACCCCCUGACGCGUGCCCUACAUCUCUUCCCCACGCCGCCCGACGAGAUCUGCGCAAACAUGUGCACCGAGUACCAUGUCCUCUCCUCGGAAGAGGACCAAGGCCCGUUUCGCGUUAUCUGCGUCGGCAACGAAGACUACGGGGCGCAAGCCGCCAUCCUCUCGUCGAAACCGGAGAGUGGCAGAUUUUCCCGUUGGUGUUCGCUCCAAACAUGCGGCCCGUGUUGGAGCCUUUGGACGAGAAGUACACCCCCGACAACGGAAAGCUGGUGA